AUGCCUUCAACCCAUAAAAAAGACAAGCCCUGGGAUACGGACGAUAUCGACAAGUGGAAGAUUGACCCCUUCAAACCUGCCGACAAUGCAGGCGGCACUUUUGCAGAGGAAUCUUCGUUCGCAACACUGUUCCCCAAAUACCGCGAAGUCUACCUCCGCGAGGUCUGGCCCCUCGUCACCCGCGCCCUUCAGAGCCAUGGAAUCGCCUGCACUCUGGAUCUCGUCGAGGGUAGCAUGACUGUCAAGACGACCCGGAAGACCUUUGAUCCUGCCGCCAUCCUCAACGCCAGGGAUGUCAUCAAGCUGCUUGCCCGCAGUGUGCCAGCACCACAAGCGUUGCGAGCCCUCGAGGACGGUGUUGCAGCAGACAUCAUCAAAAUUCGAAACCUCGUCCGCAACAAGGAGCGAUUCACGAAGCGACGACAGCGCAUCCUCGGCCCCAAUGGCACCACGCUCAAAGCGCUCGAGCUCCUCACCGAGACAUACAUUCUAGUUCACGGAAACACAGUGUCGGUCAUCGGUCCAUUCAAGGGCUUGAAAGAAGUUCGCAGAGUAGUCGAGGACUGCAUGGCCAACAUCCACCCCAUCUACCUGAUCAAGGAGCUGAUGGUCAAGAGAGAACUGGCAAAGGAUCCUAAGCUGGCGAAUGAGAGCUGGGAUAGGUUUCUGCCCAACUUCAAGAAGAGAAGUCUUAGCAAGCGCAGAGUACCGCACAAGGUCACGGACAAGGCCAAGAAGACAUACACGGCGUUCCCACCGGCACCCGAAAAGAGCAAGGUCGAUCUCCAGAUCGAGAGUGGAGAGUAUUUCCUGGGCAAAGAGGCGAAGCAGAGAGCUGCAGAGGAGGAGAGGCAAGAGAGGUCGCGGCAGAAGAAGGAGGAGAAGAUGCGGGAGCGUGCCAAGGACUAUGUUCCGCCGGAGGAGCCGCAGUCCAAGAAGAGGAAAACGAAGGCUUAG